AGAAAUUCUUAAUUGGCUUCCGCAAAAGACAUGGCUACAGAAUCAGAUUUGAAGCCAAAGCCGGAGAUGCAAGACAAGGCUAUUGUUGAUAAACUGUAUAAGGCAUUGUCAAAUGUUGACACACAAACCGUGACAAAAUUGGUGGCAACUGACCUGGACUACUGGUUCCAUGGACCUCCAAACUGCCAACACAUGAUGCGACUGCUCACCGGGGACUCGGGCCGGACCAAGUUCAGGUUCGAGCCCAGAAGCAUUGAAGUUGUUGGUGAGUAUGUGAUUACUGAGGGAUGGGAAGGGAAAAAUGUGUAUUGGGUUCAUGUUUGGAGCUUGAAAGAUGGAGUGAUUACACAGUUUAGAGACUACUUCAAUACAUGGUUGACAGUCAUGACUUGUAUUAACCCACAUAGUUGGGAGACUGGGCAUGAAAGCCAUAACCUUUGGCAGAGCCAACCCAGGGACCUUGCGCGCCGGUCCUUGCCUGGGCUUCUGCUGGCUAUCUAGAAGAACAAGAUAGUGUUGCUUAUUGUUUUA